AUGAGCGAGAAGGAAAGCACGGCGGCCACACCAGGCCAGCCAGUCGCCAGUGAAACUGCGUCCGAAAGAGAAGCGAUUGCUUCCAGUACGGUAAGCUUGCUGGGCAGCGUGGAGCAGAUUGCCGCCAGAAGACAGGCUGUGCUGAAGCGAUGGUCCGAGUUCAAGGAAGUGGCCGCACAGCGCCGCGCCAAGCUUCAAGACAGCAAGAAGCUCCAGCAGUUCAACCGAAACUGUGAGGAGCUUGAGGCAUGGAUUGCCAGCAGGCUCAAAAUCGCCUCAGAGGAGGCCCACAAGGACCCAACCAACCUGCAGGCAAAAAUCAAGAAACACAAGACGUUUGAGGCCGAGAUACACGCCAACGAGAACGCGCUGUCCACAGUCAAGCUCUCCGGGCAUGAACUGAUCAACCACGGCCACUACGCCGCUGACGCCAUUGCCGCCAAAAUCGAGUUUGUGGAGGAACAGUGGGCGCUUCUGCUCGAACGCAGCAAGCUCAAGGCACGCAAGCUGCAAGAGGCGCAGGCUCUCCUCGCCUUCAAGCGCGAGGUGGACGAGGUCGACGCUUGGAUUCAAAGCAAGGCCGAGAUUGCCAGCUCCAAAGAUGUGGGCAAGGACCUGGAGCACGUGGGCAUGCUGCAGAAGAAAUUUGACGAUUUCACCAACGAUUUGACUGCCAGUGACGUGCGCGUGGACGCCGUGAACAAGAUGGCCGUUGACCUCAUUCGCCAAGGCCAUCCAGAGCAAACGUUUAUUCAACAGCGCCAGCAGGCGAUCAACGACGCGUGGGCUGCGCUGAAGAAGCAGGCGGCGCAGCGGCACGAGCUGCUGAGCAACGCCAAGCAGAUCCACGCCUUCAACCGCGACGCCGACGAAAUCGACAGCCGCAUCAGCGAGAAGAUGGCCAUGCUCUCCACAGAGGACUACGGCAAAGACCUCGCCAGCGUGGAGGCCCUGCAGCGCAAACACGAGGUGUUCACGCGCGACCUGGCUGCGCUCGGUGACAGCGUGGCCAGCCUGAGCGACGACGCUCGCCGCCUGUGCACGGCCUUCCCCGACAGCGCCGGGGACGUGCGGACCAAGCGCGACGCCGUGUCGCAGCACUGGGAGCAGCUGAGCAGCGCCGCCCGCCAGCGCAAGACCAAGCUCGACGACGCACACGACCUGCAGCGGUUCCUCAACGACCUGCAGAGCUCCACGUCCUGGAUUGCCGACAUGACGUCGCUCAUGUCUGUGGAGGAGACGGUGCGGGACGUUGCCGGCGCCGACGCGCUGCUGCAGCGGCACCAGGAGCGCCACGACGAGCUGCAGGCGCGCCAGGCAAACUUUAACGCCGUGGAGGAGUUUGGGUCGCGCCUCAUCCUGCGCGGGCACUACGCCGCAGAGGAGGUGAAGCAGCGGCUGGACGCGCUCAAGGGCGAGCGGGCGGCGCUGGACGAGCUGUGGAAGCGCAGGCAGCACGAGUUUGAGGAGGCCCGCGCCAUGCAGGUGUUCCUGCGCGACACGGAGCAGGUGGAGUCCUGGCUGGCGUCGCGCGAGUCUGCCCUGCGCACAGAGGACCUGGGCGAUUCCCUGGACACGGUGGACGCGCUGCUGAAGAAGCACGACGACUUUGAAAAGUCGCUCGCAGCGCACGAGGAGAAGACAGCGGCGCUGCAGCAGGCGGCCGCGCGCCUGGCAACGGAGGGCCACUCGCAGGCCGCGGAGAUCCAGGCGCGGUGCGACGCCGUGCUGGAGCGACGGGCGGCGCUGGUCAAGGCCGCAGCAGAGCGGCGCACGAAGCUCGAGGCGUCCAAGCAGCUGCAGGAGUUCAAGCGCGACGCAGACGAGGCCGAGGCGUGGAUGAAGGAAAAGCUGCAGGCCGCCACAGACGGCGCGUACAAGGACCCGACCAACCUGCGCGGGAAGAUCAAGAACCACGAGGCGUUCAAGGCGGAGCUGCAGGCCAACGAGAGCCGCGUGACAGCCGUGCAGGACGCCGGCGCGCAGCUGGUGCAGCAGGGCCACUACGCCACGGACUACAUUGAGCAGCGGCAGCGGGAGCUGGGCAACCAGUGGGCCACGCUGCAAGAGGAGUCUGACACCAAGGGCCAGCGCCUGGAGGAGGCGCACCAGCACCAGGAGUUCAGCCGCCGCGUGGACGACAUGGACGGGUGGUGCAAGGACGUGGAGAAAGCGCUCGCAUCGGAGGACCUUGGCCGCGACCUCAGCUCCGUCAAGAACCUCAUCAAGAAGCACCAGCUGCUGGAAGCGGACGUGGCGGGCCACCAGGAGCGGCUGGAGGCCAUCCAGCGGCAGGCAAAGGAGAUGAUGGACGCAGGCAACUUCCAGGCGGAGGCCAUCCAGGCGCGCGAGCAGGCGCUCACCACGCGCUACAACGCCUUCACGCAGCCCAUGCAGCGCCGCAAGCAGCAGCUCGAGGAGUCGUUGCAGCUGCAGAUGUUCCUGCGCACGCUCGACGACGAGCUGUCCUGGAUCAAGGAGAAGGAGCCCCUUGCCGCGUCCACCAACACGGGCAGCAGCCUCACCUCCGUGCAGAGCCUGCAGAAGAAGCACAACGCGCUUCUGGCCGAGCUCACGGGCCGAAAGUCGCACAUCCAGGAUGUGGAGAAGACGGCGCAGCAGCUGGUGGCUGGCGGGCACUACGCUGCGGAACAAGUGCGCCAGCACCGCGACGAGCUGCUGCAGCGGUGGCGCGCGCUGAACAGCACGGCGCAGCAACGGACCGUGGCGCUGGACCACGCCCUGCAGGUGCAGCAGUACCUGGCAGACGCCAACGAGGCGCAGGCGUGGAUGGCGGAGAAGGAGCCCGUGGUCACAAACGACAACUUUGGCAAGGACGAGGACAGCGCACAGGGCCUGCUGAAGAAGCACGAGGUGGUCGAGCAGGACCUGCGCGCGUACAAGGGUGACAUUGAGCGUUUGGCCGAGGACUGCCGCAAGUGCCAGCACCAGCAGCAACCAGCCACACCCAAGGCCAAGUCGAAGAAGCGUGUCAAGGCCAAGCACACGUUCGAUGCGAAGGCGGAUCCAAAGAAGCUGUCUGUCCAGAAGGGCGAGAUUAUUGCACUGGUGUCCAAGGACUCUGCAGAUUGGUGGCGCUGCGAGAAGGACGGGCGCGUUGGCUUUGUUCCAGCGGCCUUCCUGCGCGAAGUUGUCGCAGAGGUGGGCCCUGAACAAGCACAGCAGCAGCAGCAGCAGCAGCAGCAGCAAGCACAGCAGUCGACUGGCUCGCGAGCACAGGGACAGCAGAAGCGUGCGGACCCCGAGGUUAUUGCUGCUGUGACGGAGCGACAGAACGCGCUGGAGUCGCAGUACACGCAGCUGAUUGAGGCGGCGGCGGCGCGGCGCAAGCGGCUGGAGGAGACGCAGCAGCUGUUCCAGUUCAACCGCGAGCUGGACGAGGUGGAGUCGUGGAUGAACACGCGUGAGGCCGUGGCUGCCCAGGAGGACGUGGGCGCAGACCUGGAGCACAACGAGAGCAUCCAGAAGAAGUUUGACGACUUUGUCAAGGACCUGACGGCCAACGAGUCCCGCUUGCAGGUGGCGAACAAGCUUGCGGAUACGCUGGUGAAGAGCGGGCACUCCCAGGCGGCGGCGAUUGAGAAGCGGCGCACGGCGCUGAACGAGCGCUGGGCGGCCCUGCAGGCGCUGGCAACACAGCGGCGGGACGCGCUGCUGGCGGCACAGGAGGUGCACCGCUUCAACCGCGACGUGGACGAAACCAAGGCGCGCUUCAACGAGAAGGACGUUGUACUCUCCUCUGAGGACUAUGGCAAGGACGUCGCCAGCGUGGAGGCCCUGCAGCGCAAGCACGAGGCGGCCAUGCGCGACCUGCAGGCGCUGGAAGGAAAGGUUGCCGAGCUGCGCGCAGAGGCAGAGCGCCUGAGCACGGCGCAGCCGAGCAAGGCCGAGGGCGUGCGCGCCAAGCUGGCGGAGGUGGACCAGGGCUGGCAGGCGCUGCAGGACAAGGCGGCCGUGCGCAAGGACGCGCUUGCAGAGGCGCUGAGCUACCAGCAGUUCCUGAGCGAGCAGCGGGACCUGGCGGCGUGGCUGGCGAGCAUGCAGACGCUUGCCUCUGCAACGGAGCUGGCAAACGACCCGGCAAGCGCAGACGGCCUGCUGAAGCGGCACCAGGACGUGCAGACGGAGAUUGACGCGCGGCAGGAGGAGCUGGCCCGCCUGCGCGAGUUUGGCGAGAAGCUGGUGCAGCAGGGCCACAGCAAAUCAGGCGACAUCCAGGAGCGACUGGACGCCGUGAGGAGCAGCACAGAGGCGCUGGCACAGGCGAUGCAGGGCCGGCGGCAGCAACUGGAGCAGUGCGCGGAGCUGCAGGCGUUCAAGCGCAUGGCCGAGCAAGUGGAGGCGUGGAUCACGACGCGCGAGGGCCCGCUGGAGAGCGACGAUGUCGGCAGCACGCUGGACGGCGUGGAGGCCAUGCAGAAGAAGCACGCCGAGUUUGAGAACAGCCUGGCGGCGCAGAAGGAGAAGGUGCAGGAGGUGACUGCGGAGGCGGACCGCCUGGUUGCCCAGGAGCACUACGACGCCCUGGCCAUCUCCGACCGCAAGCACGCCGUGAGCGCGCGGUGGGAGCACCUGCUGGAGCUGUCUGACGCGCGCGGCAAGCGCCUGGAGCAAGCCAUGAAGGUGCAGCAGUUCUACCGGGACGCAGACGAGGCUGAGGCAUGGAUGGCGGAGCGGCAGCAGGUGGCGGCCGACCCGUCGUACCGCGACCCAAGCAACAUCCAGGGCAAGGUGCAGAAGCACCAAACGUUCCACGCGGAGGUGACGGCCAACGAGGGCCGCAUCUUCUCCGUGAUCAACGACGGGAAGCGGCUGAUUGGGGAGAGCCCGGACCACGCCACGCCCAUCUCGGAGCGCAUCGCCGAGCUUGAGCGCGCGUGGCGGGAGCUGUGCACCCAGUCGGAGGACAAGACGCAGAAACUCCGGGACGCGGAGAACCUGCAGCAGUUCAACAUUGGGCUGGAGGACGUGGACUUUUGGUUGUCUGAGGUUGAGCUGCAGCUCUCCUCACGCGACCUGGGCAAGGACCUACCCGCGGUGCAGAGCCUGCUGAAGAAGCACGAGCUGGUGGAGGCAGACAUCUCCUCGCACCAGGCGCGCAUUGAGGAGGUGAACCAGCAGGCGCAGGCGUUCGUGGACGCGGGCCACUUUGAUGCCGACAACAUCCGCGCGCGGCGGGAGCAGAUUGCUGCGCGGUAUGCGGCGGUGCAGGAGCUGGCCACGCAGCGCCGCACGCAGCUGCAGGCGUCGCUGCAGCUGCAGAAGAUUCUGCGCGACAUUGACGACGAGCAGGCGUGGAUCAAGGAGAAGGCGCGCGCCGCGGCGUCGGAGGACUUUGGCAAGGACCUCACCGGCGUGCAGAACCUGCAGAAGAAGCACGAGCACUUUGAGGAGGAGGUGCAGGCGCACGAGGGCAAGGUGCGCGGCGUGCUGGAUGCGGCCGCCGACCUGGUGAGCGCGGGCCACUACGCCGCGGACACCAUUGCCGAGCGCCGCACGCAGCUGGAGCAGGACUGGACGAGCCUGCAGGCGCAGAGCCGGGCGCGCGGGGCCAAGCUGCAGGAGGCGCUUGCGUUCCAGCGGCUGCGGGCGGACGUUGACGAGGAGGAGUCGUGGAUCAACGAGAAGCAGGCGAUGAUGACGAGCGUGGACACCAUUGAGACGCUCUCCGGUGCGCAGGCGCUGUCGAAGAAGCACGACGCGUUUGAGGUUGACCUGGGCGACCACAAGCAGCGCGUGCAGGAGCUGCUGACCAGCGGGCGCUCGCUCGUUGAUGCGGGCAACUACCAGGCUGCCGAGAUUCGAGAGAGCAUGGUGCGCCUGGAGGAGGCGCUGCAGGAGCUGACGCACGCCUCUGCCGAGCGCAAGGCCGCGCUUGGUGACCGCCUUGAGUUUCUGCGGUGCACGCGCGAGGCGGAGUCGAUCCAGGCGUGGAUCAAGGACAAGACCAUGUCGCCGGAGGAGCUGAACGACUUUGGAAAGGACCUGACAGCUGUGCAGGCGCUGCUGAACAAGCAGGACGCGUUUGACAGCUCCGUGUCGCUGUUCCAGCCACGCGUCGAUGCCUUCAAGGCCAUGGCAGAGCAGCUCAAGGCGAACAAGAACACGCACUCUGCUGACAUUGAUGCACUGCGGACGUCUGUUCUCUCGCAGUGGCAGCAACUCCUGGACACCGCCGCCAACCGCAGGAAAAUGCUGGUGAAGACGCAGACGACGUUCAAGGACAUUGACAAGCUGUUCCUUGAGUUUGCCAAGAAGGCGUCCCAGCUCAACUCAUGGCUGGAGAAUGCAGAGGAGGACCUCACAGACCCCGUGCGCGUCAACUCGCUAGAGGAGAUUCGCGCCCUCGCCGACCACCACUCGCGCUUCAUCCAGUCGCUGAGCUCGGCUGAGUCGGACUUUGAGGAGCUGCGCAUGCUCAACCAGCGCAUUGCGUCGUACACGCAGGCGCCCAACCCGUACACGUGGUUCACCGUGGACACGCUGCAGGAGUCUUGGGACAGCCUGCAGGCGGCGAUUGAGGAGCGCACGAAGGACCUUCAAGCAGAGAUGAAGCGGCAGGAGGAGAACGACGAUUUUAGGCGCAAGUUUGCCAAGCACGCCAACGAGUUCAACGCGUGGCUGGUGAGCACGCGCGCAAAGCUGGUUGAGGGCACGGGCACGCUGGAGGAGCAGCUGGAGGCGACGCAGCACUAUUACGAGCAGGUGCAGCAGAAGAAGAGCACGCUCAAGACGAUUGAGGACCUCGGGGCGCGCAUGGAGGAGAACCUGAUUCUGGACAACAAGUACACAGAACACUCGACGGUUGGGCUGGCGCAGCAGUGGGACCAGCUGGAGCAGCUUGGCAUGCGCAUGCAGCACAACCUGGAGCAGCAAAUCCAGGCCAAGAACGCCACGGGCGUCUCUGAGGAGCAGAUGAAGGAGUUUACAGACACCUUCCGCUACUUUGACAAGGACGGGUCUGGCUUCCUUGACCAUCAGGAGUUCAAGUCGUGCCUGCGCAGUCUCGGCUACUCCACGCUGGAGGUUGUUGAGGAGGGCGAGGCUGACCCUGAGUUUGAGGCGAUUCUGCGCACGGUUGACCCGAACAUGGACGGGCGCGUGUCGCAGGCGGAGUUUAUGGCGUUUAUGAUCAGCCGCGCGACGGAGAACGUGGAGUCGUCCAACGAGGUGAUCAACGCGUUCCGGGCCGCCGCGGGCAGCAAGCCGUAUGUGACUGUGGACGACCUCUCUUCCGUGCUCACGCCCGACCAAGUGGACUACUGCACGCGCCACAUGCCCGCAUAUGUGGACGAGAGCGGCAGGGAGGUUGCGGGUGCCCUCGACUACAGCCACUUUACCAAGAACAUCUUCGCCAGCUGAUGAGAAGAGAGAGGGAGGAGGCAGGGGAGCGAGGCAGAGGGAGAGAGCAGCUUUUCCCAGGCAAUGUGUGUUGUGUGUGUGUGUGUGUGCGUGUGGGUGUGCGUGCAUGAUUGUGGCUGGCUUGGACUUUCGCUGGUUGCAAUUCGCAGAGAAACGCGUGGGGAAAGGAGGGUGGGUGGGUUGGUGGUGGUGGUGGUGGUGAUG